AUGCGCCUUGACAUUAAGCGAAAGCUUUUAUCUCGGUCAGAUCGCGUAAAAUGUGUAGACUUCCACCCAACAGAGCCAUGGCUUCUUGCCAGCUUGUACAAUGGCAAAGUUUAUGUCUGGAAUUAUGAAACUGAGGCUCUGGUGAAGACAUUUGAGGUGACGGAUGUCCCGGUUCGGGCGGCAAAAUUUAUUGCCAGAAAAAACUGGAUCGUUACUGGAUCAGAUGAUAUGCAGCUUCGCGUUUUCAAUUACAAUACACACGAGAAAGUAACAAGUUUGGAAGCUCAUCCCGAUUAUAUUAGAUGCAUCGCUGUUCAUCCUACACAACCCUUCAUAUUAACUGGCUCCGAUGACAUGACUAUUAAAUUAUGGGAUUGGGAGAAAGGAUGGAAAUGUGUCCAGGCUUUCGAAGGGCAUACUCAUUAUGUCAUGAAUAUCAACUUCAAUCCUAAAGAUUCCAACACUUUUGCGUCAGCUUGCUUGGACCGCACCAUCAAAGUUUGGUCUCUCGGAUCUUCUGUCGCCAAUUUCACUCUCGAAGGACACGAUAAAGGUGUUAAUUGGGUUGAUUACUACCACGGAGGAGAAAAGCCAUACCUCGUAUCGGCUGCUGAUGAUAAAACUGUCAAGAUCUGGGACUAUCAAAACAAGACCUGUGUUCAAACGUUGGAAGGUCAUACCCAGAAUGCAGCAUUCGCUUGUUUUCAUCCCGAGCUACCUAUAAUCAUAUCCGGUAGUGAAGAUGGAACGGUUAAGAUUUGGCAUUCUAAUACCUAUCGCCUGGAAAACACUCUCAAUUACGGUCUAGAACGUGCUUGGACUGUUGCAUACCAAAAAGGAAACAAUAACGUUGCCUUUGGUUAUGACGAAGGUGCCGUUUGUGUUAAGCUCGGACGAGAAGAGCCGGCAGUAAGCAUGGACAAUUCAGGGAAAAUUAUAUGGGCCAAACAUAACGAAAUUCAAACUACUAAUGUGAAAGCUGGUUUUGACGAGAAUAUCAAGGAUGGGGAACGAUUACCUUUGCCAGUAAAGGAUCUUGGAAGUUGUGAGGUAUAUCCACAGACUUUACAACACAGCCCAAAUGGAAGGUUCGUCGUUGUUUGUGGUGACGGUGAAUAUAUAAUAUAUACGGCAUUGGCAUGGCGAAACAAGGGCUUUGGCAAUGGGUUGGAAUUCGUGUGGGCUCUUGAUUCAAACGAAUAUGCCGUACGAGAAUCUUCGACAAAGGUUAAACUGUAUAAGAAUUUUAAGGAGAGACCUGGAAUUUUGAAGAUAAAGUUCACCGCUGAAGGCAUAUUUGGUGGCACGUUGUUGGGUAUUAGAAGUUCUACCUUUUUAAAUCUUCAUGACUGGGAAACCGGUAACAUUGUUCGGAGGAUUGACGUGAUUCCAAAGCACGUUUAUUGGUCGGAUAGCGGAGAUCUGGUGACCAUUGCUUGUGAAGAUGCGUAUUAUGUCUUACGGUUUAAUAGAGUAGCUUAUAAUAAGUUCAUAGAAAGCGGGGGCGUAGUUGCUGAAGAAGGGGUUGAAGAAGCGUUUGAGUUUGUUACCGAAGUUCCCGAAAGCAUAAAAACAGGGACAUGGGUUGGAGAUUGCUUUAUUUAUACAAAUGCUGUUAAUCGACUUAAUUAUCUUGUUGGUGCACAAACCUUUACCAUAAGUCAUUUUGAUACACCAAUGUACUUGUUGGGCUAUAUUCCGAAAGACAACCGAAUAUAUCUGGCGGACAAAGACGUCAAUGUUUACAGUUAUGCACUGUCAUUGACCGUAAUCGAAUAUCAAACUGCUAUCCUGCGAGGUGAUCUUGAAUCGGCCACGGAACUCUUGCCAGAUGUGCCUGAAGAUCAAAGGAAUAGAAUAGCACGCUUUUUGGAGAGUCAAGAAUUAAAGGAACUCGCCUUGGAAGUUUCAACUGAUAUCGAACAUAAAUUUGAGCUCGCCAUACAGUUGAAUAAGCUUGACGUGGCCGUUGAAAUUGCACGAGAAGUUGACAACGAAUCAAGAUGGAAAGCUGUUGCCGAUUCAGCUCUAAAUACAUGGAAGUUCUCUCUAGCCGAAGAAUGUUUGAAGAAAGCCAAGGAUCUAGGCGGACUACUUUUAUUGUAUACUGCAUCCGGAAACGCAAAGGCGAUCAAGGAACUUGCAGAGACAGCUGUUGCCGACGGCAAGAACAACAUAGCAUUCACUUGCUACUUGCAACUUGGUUCACUAGAAGAAUGUGUCGAUUUGUUGAUAAAGACAAAGCGUCUUUCGGAAGCUGCAGCAUUUGCAAGAACCUAUCUUCCGAGUCAAGUUUCAAGGGUAGUCAAACUGUGGCGCGAGAGUCUUGAAAAGGCCAACAAGAAAAAAGCUGCCGAAGCAUUAGCUGAUCCAGCAGAAUAUGAGAAUUUAUUCCCGGACUUCAAAUAUGCAUUGAUUGCUGAAGAACAUGCAAAGAAGGCACGAAAUAAUAUUGUUCCAGCAAACGCGUACUCAGAUUAUAAGGACGUUGAAGUUGACGUUAUUGCAGAAAUUAAGGAAAAAUAUCCUGAUGGUGUUCAAUCUUCUAAUCCUGCAUCAAUUAAUACUAAACUCAAUAUCGCGAGGAGAACUAUAAACGGCGAGGUGGAAGACGAUGUAUUAUCAUCAGUUACGUCUGUAGACGAUGAUCGCAUCAGCGUUGCAGAUAAUAUGAGCAUGCUUAGCAUGGAAGUGAACACCACCGGCACCAAUUCAGUCAAGGACGUUGACUUUGACGAUGCCUCAUCUGAGCAGGAACGGCCGACGACAGGUGAUGAUAAAGACUGA